AUGUUGCAUGUUUGCCUAUUAAACCUUGUUGCUAUGUAACGUAACCUUUGUAUACAAACCAUUUCGAUACCGAAUAGACAAAACAUGUUUUUUCGAUAACGUGACACAAGUCAAAUCACUUAUGGCGUAACCUUCUAAAUUUCCGUGUAUAUUUUUUAGAUUUAAAACUAAAUUAUUAGUGUAAUUUUCUAAAUUUUCGUAUUGAUACUUACAUUUUAAAGCGUAAAUAAAAUCGUAAAGUGUUAAGAAAGUGCCAACAAAAUGCCUGAAGAAGCUAAAGGUGACGACCAAAAUAAAAGAGUAAAACUCAAUGUCGAAGGCGAAGAUGAAUUGGGCGAAGGCGAGAUGGGGCGUAAGAAGAUGAAGCGGUUCGUGAUGCCGAACGUGCCGAGAUGGUGGCAGCUCAAAGUCAUACAAUACGCCUUCGCCCACCCGCACGUCCGGGCGCGGCUCGAGAAGCACAUGGGCUCCAACCUGGUGCGGCUGACGGACAAGGCCUACAUGACGGAGUUAGAGGACCGCAUACGAGCAGUCAACGAGGAGAACCUUAACAAGAGGAUCACCUCCCGAGUCCUCGAUGAAAUGGAGCGUCUAAAACGGCUCAUCCUCGUCGGGAAGACUCCGCUGAAGGAGUGUCCUCCUGAGCUGUACCACCACCCUGUCUUCGUGUUCUGGAGGAUGGUCAAUAAGGAGGUCCAGAGGGCGUCGAAGAAACGAGCAGAUGCUUUCUACAGGAAACUGAAGGCGUCGCAAAAGACUAUUCAGUCCGCCGACGACGACGAAGAAGAGGUAGAGGAAGAAUCGGAAAGCGAGAAGCUGACGCCUCAACAGCUGCUGGACAGGGUCCGCCAGGAGCUGGAGCUGCAGAAGGCAGCGGACGUGGAGAAGGGCGUGCGGUUCACGGAUGAACAGUUCGCGCUCAUCAAGUAUGAGACGCAGGAUGUGAAGACGCUUAAAACUCUUACGACCGUGGAAGAGCUGUACGCAUUAGCCGACAAGAUUAUUGGAACAAAACGCAUAUGAACUAUUUUGUAAAAUUUUGUGGUAAAGAAAGUAUUAUAAGUUAAACAAUCGUAGAAAGAACUGUAUACGUAAUUGAAAUAAUAAUUGAAUCAAUAACACUAAUAGAGCUAUGACUAGAGUAUUCUUGUGAUAACCGCACUACAUACUUUGAAAUAGUCAAAAGAGAGAAAGGGUGUUACCACACCAAUUAAUCGAUCGAUUUCUCUAGGUAGAAACUGCUUAUUGAUUGACGUCGUCGAAUGCAUGCCGAUGUCGAUCGAGGCCACCGAUCAAUUGGAGUGGUAUGGUGACUCCCUAUCACACUUGUGACCCACUGGGUAAUCCUGCAUUCCACCUUAGAACCCGAGGCUACAAGGCGAAACCUUUUUUAUGUACCGUAAAGAAAAGAGUAAAUAUAGUAUAGAAUCUACUCCAUCCCAAAAAAUUCAAAUGAGCUCAAAUAAUUGAAAAAAGAAGUAUAACUAUGAAGACACUUUAUAAAAGUUAUGUUUCCUGGAUUUAACAGAUCUCAAAGCGCAAUGAAAAUUGUAAAAGCGCAAUUACUAAUUAUUUAUUAAUAGCUUGAUCAAUAAGGUAACAUUUUGUAUUUUUUUUUCUAAUAACCUAAAGCAUUAUUACGGAGUAUUAUUAGUAUCAGUAGUUAUAAUUUUUUAUGUAUUUAUUGUAUGCCAUACUCUAAAAAUAUUAAGUAGGCGACAAUAAUAAAAGAUCUCGCAUGUUAAUAAGUGUGAACAAGAUUGCUUAAGUUUAAUCGAUAGAAUAAAAAUAGUAAUCAAAGUGACCCCUAGUCAAUGUUAAACGUGUAAGUGUAUAAAACGUGUAAAAGCAACUGUGAUUUUGUAAUAAAUCAUGUCGUAAUAAAA